AUUCGAGCUUCACUUUCAAACCCUUGUGCCCUAUUUCUGUCUCUCAUAAAGGGAUACCGUAGAUCUUCUUUGAUCACACGAAUUUGGAACACGCAUCUCCUCCCCCUUGCAGAACAACUCCUCACUAAGCAGUCGUACUAGCUUGCAUUUUUUUUUUAAAUUCAGGACGUGAGCAGAAAUCACAACUGGAGGAAAUCUGGCGGACAGCUGGGGACUUGGUUUUGCAACUCCUGGAAACGACCCGCGAGGUUUGCAUUAUUAACUGUGGGCUUGCAGGGUCCGUGUAGUUAAUAAAAAGGAACACUGGUUCGAACGUUCGGGAAGAUUUUGUUGAUAUUUUUUUGAUCGCAGGAAUACUCGAUUCAUAAAUCUGUUUCACCUUGGAAGCAGCACAAUACAAGCCACACUGCAAAUGUGUUUCAGAAGAGUUCUAUGAAAAGUAACCAAGGACAACGAACAUGGAGGAAUGCAUUGAACAGAAUGAUGCUGCCAUUCAGAAAAAUGGCACUGAAGCUGGGGGAAAAAAUGGCCUCAUCAACACUAGAAACUUGAUGGUGGAAACCAAGGAUGGCUUAGUCUCUGUGUACUCUGCACCACAAUACCAAGGACAUGUGGUAGUAAACUUGCCACCACAAAACUCUGUGGAGAACAAUAAAUAUCACCCAUCCCAGCAGCUACUUAACCCAACUUCGCUUCAGCAGACUAUGGAUUCCCAUUAUCGCCCCAAUAUCAUCCUGUAUUCUGAGAACGUGCUAAAAUCUUGGAGUGAGAGCGUGAGCACAGACUGCUGUGAAACAACCUUCAUUGAAGACAUGUCACCCACCAAAGAAGGCCUAGGUUACCCUGAUGGGAAGUUCAUGCACCUCUCAACCCAAGAUGCCAAAAUUCAAACGCUCUCGUAUGAUGUUGAAGAAGAGGAUGAGUUUCAAGAAAUGGAGAGUGAUUAUUCCAGUGACACAGAAAGUGAAGACAAUUUCCUUCUGAUGCCCCCCAGAGAUCACUUGGGUCUUAGUGUCUUCUCUAUGCUUUGCUGUUUCUGGCCACUGGGUAUUGCUGCCUUUUAUUUGUCACAUGAGACCAACAAGUCAUUGGCUAAAGGAGAUUUUCACCAGGCAAGUUCCAGCUCCAGACGGGCUCUUUUCCUGGCUGUGCUCUCUGUCACCAUCGGAACUGGGAUUUAUGUUGGUGUCGCCGUGGCUCUCAUAGCUUACCUUUCAAAAAACAACCACUUAUAAACUUUUUUUUGUCAAAAGCUUUUCAACCACCAGAGACAGGAACGGUAGAGACUGACUUUCUGAAUUAUUACAUUGUUGUGGGAGCGGGAGUGGGGGUGGGUGGUUGGGCUGGACCAGAUAGGUGCAGGGGAAAUGUUGGACAUGCACAAACUUCUCAUCCAGAAUUCUGUGGUAAAAGCUUUUCACUGCAACUGUUUUUCAUUGUGUAGGACUGGUGUAGGCAAAGACAAUGAGUAGCUGAAUGCAACUUUGAGCUUGUUUUUUUUUUUUUUCAUUUUAUCACUGAAACACAGACCUAUCAGCUUUUUUUUAGUGGCUGUUAAUCCUAUACUUUAUGCAGGAUUAAUGGCAUACUUGUCAAAUGGAAGCAUAUCGUUUUUUUGGUUUGUUUGUCUUUAACUGCAGUGUUUCAGUGCUCCUGCUUUUAUUUUUGAUGCACAUCUGUUUUCAUGCAGCCUCGUCGAUUAGUCUUUUUACUAUGACAUUGUACAGUACAGGUCAUCAUCACUGAGACACCCAUUGGGUUUAAAUUGUGUUGGUUUCUGAAUGUUCGGUCCUAGGUCUCACUAUUUACUGUAACAUUGUUCUUUAAAGCACAGGUAACCCCAGUAUCCUUCGUAUUCAGUGAUUUUUAAAUGUAUUUCUGAGUUUCAGAAUCCUGUGAACUGUUGAAAAUAAUACAUUACAGUGUAAAGGCUGAAAGUACAGUGAGAUUCAAAGUUCAGAUGCACACUCUGAGUGGCCCAGGCCUAAAGGAUGCAUGUGUAUAGUACAUUUGCCUAAAACACAUAAUAGUGACAAAACAUACAGUACAGAACACAUUGUAAUAGGAACCUGAUGCAGUACAACCUUCUGUGGAGGCAUGUAUGAUUCAUUUAACUGAAUUAAUUUCUUAUGAAUAAAGCAAAAAACAGAACAAAACAUAAAUUACACAAAAGUAACAAUACAUUGUAAAUAGUAGUACAGUACCUCAAUAGGCUUUUAUUAGUGUGUGCUUUUGCCAAUACGUGCCAAAUUGUACGGUAUUACUUUUCUGAGGGAAAAAAUGUUUUUUCAAAGUAAGAGCUAUUGUUCAAUGUUUAUUUUGUAUUAUUAUUUUAUUUCAUCAAGAGAGCAUUCCCAGGUAAAUUUGGAAAAAACUGGCAUAAAUUUAUGGCAGCUUUACAGAAAAGCACUUGCAUUUGUUUUGUUGUAACAUUCAUUUAAUAAUUUGCACUGGUCACUUACAAUUACAGUUCCCUGAAAUUACUCAAGCUUGACCUCUAAACUGAUUCCUAUAAACAUCCCCAAACGUCCUUAAAUUGACUGACUGCAUACCAUUUUAAAGUGGGGUUAUUGUUUGGCAUGCAUAAUCUUGUUGCCGCUGCUGCUGUAGGUACUGCUCUUGUUGUUUUUUGUUUUGUUUUUAAUAUUGCCAACAAGAUGGCUGUUGGGAUGUGUGUCAGAUUGUGGACAUUUACACCAAAUACAGUACUGUUUCUGAAGCAUUCUGAAGGAAGUUCAAGUAUAGCAGUGUUUAUGUUCUUAAUAAAAAUCACAUCCUCGUUGUCAGUGUUUGGAGAUACUUUCAGACAUCUAGUUACAUUAACAAACUUACAUUUAUAAUUGUCUUGACUGAAUUGAUUGCAUUUGAAAGUGUAUACAUUUAGAAAAUGUUUUAAAAGUGGUCAGAGAUAAGCUUGCUUGCAAAUAAAUGGUAUCCAGGAGGAUGAACUUUAAUAAAUGUGACUUUUGGUAUUGUACAGAAACUCCAAUUUUUUUAAUUCUUCUGCUUGACUCAGUAACACUCUGUUACUUGACAAAGUAGCAGGUUCAAGUUAUGUCAAUCUACCAAAUUUCACCUUUGCUUAAUAUAAACAGGUGUAAGAUUCGGCUGUAAUUGCUGUCUCUAUCUACUGGGGUACAGGAACACUUCCUUCUGAAAUCCCAUGUUCUUAAUUUUAACCAUUGCUACAGCAGAAAGGCUGAAAGAUGACAAUUCAAGUACAAUUGGAAGUUAAACAUAAACAUGCUUAACUAAGUAAGAAAAAGGCAGGAUUUGAAACAAAUGCUCGCCUAUAGGCCCGAGGCUGAAUUAAAACUGAUGAGGACUAACUGAAGUCUAUGUCUCAGUAGUCCUGUGUGCGAGUGCUAAAAAAAAAAAAAACAGAUGUACUCUCACGUUCACAGGCUUUCAUUUAAAAAAUGCAGGAAAAGCCCCUUGUCUAACGGUUGUAGCAGUGGUGAAGAAACAUUAUUAAUGCUUAACAGUCACUCAGAACUGAAACCUCCCUUCAUCUCCCCUUGUCAUGUUGAAUUUUGCAUUAUGCGAAAGCGUAAGCGUUUCAUUGAAUUUUGUCUGCGUGAUUACUUACACUAUUCAUUUAUUCAUUGCUGUGGAUUAACUGUGAACACUGGGUAUAAACAAAAUGUACUUUUUAGACAUCAAAACAUUAUAAAAACAGCAAUUUUCUCACAUUACGUUAAAUUUUUCAAUUAUGUAUUUCUUUUUUGAACAAGCCCAAUUUUUUGGUAGGUUAAUCUUUAAUCAAUCAGUGUAAAAUAUUAAAGUAUUUAAAAUUAUAUAGAUUUAAUAAGGGAUGAUUGCUUAACUACCCAUAUGUCUUACUACUAAUGUAUUCGUAUUAUAAGAUUUAGUGUAAAAUAUUAGAACAAUUAUUUCAUAUGGUCCCUUUCAAAGAAGUGUUAUCUACCUUUAAGAGUCAAUUUUAAAGUGUUUGAAAAAUCAAGUAAUCAUUAUAACUGUGUGAAACUCAUGAAUUCCAUUUACGUUAGCAGCCCAAAAGAAGCAGAGAGGUCAGUCAGGGUGUCCUCGGCUCACCGCGCACCAGCGACCCAUGUGGUCAGGCCGGGCGCUUGCAGGCUUGCCUGUAAGCUGCCCAGAGCUGUGUUGUCCUCCGACACUGCAGCUCUGAGGUGGCUGCAUGGUGAGUCUGCAGCGUGAAAAGAAGCGGUCGGCUGACGGCACACGCUUCGGAGGACAGAGUCAGAGCAUGGGUGGUAGCGGUGAGCUGAGCCUAAAAAUAAUUGGAUAUUCUAAAUUGGGAGAAAAUAAUAAAAAUGAUUGGUGACUACUAAAUAAAAAAAAAAAAUUGUAAUGCUUAUUACCGCCAUUAGCAAACCAUGCAGACCUCGGGGAUCUUCAGCACUGCUCAUUGGGCCCACAGAGAAACAUGUGGUAAAGCCUAAGGACUGUAUUCAUUAAAGGCUCAGCACAACUGAAUUAUGGAAGUUGAAAAUUGAAAAAAAUACAAUAAAAUCGGGAAGAACUUGACUUAACUUUUGAAAGAAUGAAGAUUUCAGCCAUAUCAUGAACAACAUAAUCAUAGUUAAAACAUACUUUUAAUUCAAAUAUUGAUAAGAUUUCCAUUUGAAAUACAGUAGUUUUAAAAACAUUUAUAAAGACUAAGGUGUCUGCAACUAGACGUUGUCAAUACUCACCUUUGAAAGCCUCAACUUCCCAAGCAGUUGCGUAUUUCUGCUUAAUGGUGGAAUGUGACGGGGUGUGCCUGCCCGUGUUUAAAUGUGUUUAAAUUAUAUUUUGUUAUUGUUUGGCAGCGUGGAUGGGAUUAAAUCCCUAUCCCUUUAAACUCGUGUGGAAUGUG